AUGGCAGAGGCGGGCUCUUCCGCGGCGAGGACCAGGAGGGCGGGGCUCGCCGCCGCAGCGGCGGCGGCGCUCCUCGUCCUCGUCGUGGUCGCCGGCAGCGCGGGGUUCCCUGGCGGGCGGGUGAGGGUCCUCGACGGCCACCGGCACCGGAGCACCACCGCGGCGGCCGUGGUGGCGGGCGGCGCGAGGCGGUGGCUGCGGGACUCCUCCUGGCCGGCGGCGGCGACGACGAGGGGCAGGGCCGACGGUGACGCCGACGGGUCAGCCAGGGCCGUCGUCGCCGGCGCCGGCGCGGUGGAGGAUCCGGAAGCCGUGGCCAACGACGUGCACGUGUCCAUCAGGAACAGCACGGCCCGGCGAAAUCUCGGGUACCUGUCGUGCGGGACAGGCAACCCCAUCGAUGACUGCUGGCGCUGCGACUCGGACUGGCACAACAACCGCCAGCGCCUAGCUGACUGUGGCAUCGGCUUCGGCCGCAAUGCCAUCGGUGGCCGGGACGGCAAGAUCUACGUGGUCACCGACCCGACCGAUGACGACCCUGUCAACCCUCGCGAGGGCACCCUCCGCUACGCCGUCAUCCAGGAAGAGCCGCUCUGGAUCAUCUUCAAGCGGGACAUGGUCAUCACGCUCAAGGAGGAGCUCAUCAUGAACAGCUUCAAGACCAUCGACGGACGUGGCGCCAACGUGCACAUCGCCAAUGGUGCCUGCAUCACCAUCCAGUACAUCACCAACGUCAUCAUCCACGGGCUCCACAUCCACGACUGCAAGCCCACGGGGAACGCCAUGGUGCGCAGCUCGCCCAGCCACUAUGGGUGGCGCACCAUGGCCGACGGAGAUGCUGUGUCCAUCUUCGGCUCCAGCCACGUCUGGGUGGACCACUGCUCACUCUCCAACUGCGCCGACGGCCUGAUCGAUGCCAUCAUGGGAUCCACGGCCAUCACUGUGUCCAACAACUACUUCACCCACCACAACGAGGUGAUGCUUCUGGGCCACAGUGACUCCUAUGUGAAGGACAAGGCAAUGCAGGUGACAAUAGCCUUCAACCAUUUCGGUGAAGGUCUCAUUCAGAGAAUGCCAAGGUGCCGGCAUGGCUACUUCCAUGUUGUGAACAAUGACUACACCCACUGGGAAAUGUACGCCAUUGGCGGGAGCGCUGAGCCAACCAUCAACAGCCAGGGCAACCGCUACCUUGCUCCGACAAACCCAUUCGCCAAGGAGGUGACCAAGAGGGUCGAAACUGCUCAGACUGUCUGGAAGGGCUGGAACUGGAGAUCAGAGGGCGACCUGCUGCUGAACGGCGCCUACUUCACCCCAUCCGGCGCAGGCGCCUCAGCCAGCUACUCGCGCGCGUCCAGCCUUGGCGCCAAGUCAUCAUCUAUGGUUGGCACCAUCACCUCGGAUGCCGGUGCUCUGUCGUGCCACAAGGGCGCGGCCUGCUAG